CGUAGUUGAUUUAUUGUUUUAGAGUUUUACAUUUUUUAGUAAUGCCUCACAAGAAAGUGGGGCUAAGAGUGUGUGGAGCUCAGCCUGCCACACUCUAUCCACAAUACCCCCACGUAUUUUCGCCACCAUAUCCAAAAAAAACACUCGCAAUUUGUAAAGCAAAAUACAAAUGUCAUCGACGGCGGUUGUUGCCGCCGGCACCUCCAUCUCCGCCGCAUACUCCAGGGGCACAUCAGUCAGAAAACCCUCGUCUUCAUGCGUUCCCCAAUCCCAGAAAACUAGUUUUCAAGGGCUGUCACUUCAAGAAUCCAAAAAGGGCAUCUCCAAUUUGUUCUCUGUUGAUGAUAAUGGCGGUUUGAUCAUACCCAGAACAAGCAGAAGGGGAAGAAUUAGAAGGUUCGAGAUCAAUGCGAGAGCGGCUGCUGCCAAGAACAUUGAGGUUGAAGUUGAUAAGCCUUUGGGGCUCACUCUUGGUCAAAAAUCCGGCGGUGGGGUUGUCAUUACCGGUGUAGAGAGUGGUGGGAAUGCAGCCAAAGCAGGGCUCAAGGCUGGUGACCAGGUGCUAUACACCAGCAGUUUUUUCGGGGAUGAACUUUGGCCCGCGGACAAGCUUGGGUUUACAAAGACAGCAAUCCAGGCCAAGCCUGAUUCUGUCUACUUCGUCGUUAGCAGGGGAGCUGAAGUAGAUGUAAAAAAGCUAACAAAACGGCCUGCCCCUCCUCGCUUCGGGAGGAAAUUAAGCGAGGCUCAAAAGGCUCGAGCAACACACAUAUGCUUGGAUUGUGGUUACAUAUACACAUUGCAAAAGCCUUUUGAAGAGCUGGCGGAGGAGUACACAUGCCCGCAGUGCAGGGCGCCUAAGAAGAGGUUUGCAAGGUAUGAUGUGAACACCGGAAAACCCAUCGGCGGGGGGUUGCCGCCACUCGGAGUCAUUAUUGGGCUUUUGGCUGGGAUAGGUGGAAUUGGGGCCUUACUCCUCUAUGGACUUCAAUGAAAUUGAUGAAGAUUCAGUGAACAAUCCAAGCCAGCCAGUGUGUGUGUGCGUGUGUGUUUCUUGAUAUCAUUUUAGAAAUGCAAAUGUGGCAAAGCAUGCAAAGGCUUUAUAUAUAUAAAAUUAGGAAAAUGCUAGGGGUACACCGAAAGUGUACCUCAAACAUCCCCCACCCCCUCCAUCACCACAAAAAAAAAGCAAGAAAAAUUCAAAAAAAAAUAAAAAUUAAGAAUGUGAAGAGUAAUUUUAUCUGAGGCCCCUACAAACCUCCAUUGGUAAAUUUAAUGGUUUCUAUUCCCUAAUCCAUCUUUUACUUCCUGCCUCCCCCAGCUCCCCCAGCUCCGUGACCAUUCCCUCCCCUUCAUCGACCCGUAAGAGGCUCAGAUCAUUCGAUGACAAUGUCAGUUCGUUUUGUACACUAAUUAUUACCCUACUUAGAGCAUCUUUAAUGUAAAGCUCUAAAAGAUUGCUUAACUAAAAAAUUAAUGUGGAACCU